UCUGCGUUGCAAAAUGAUUCACAAAAUGGGAGAGGGGCUAAGGACGAUGGCCUGCGUCCCCUUGGGGAGCGGCGUCGUGGAGCUCGGCUCGACGCAUGAGAUCUUCCAGAACUCGGAGAUCUUGAGCAAGGCCAGAGCGCUCUUCGGCGACGUCACCGGCGGCCGCGCAGCAGCCGGAUCCUGGCCUCCGCCGCUGCUGGCGGCGGCGGAGCAGGGGGUGAUAGAUCCAAGCAUGCUCUGGUUUUCGGUGCCUUCGGCGCCGAUGCCCUCUUCCCCGUUCGAGAAACCCAUUCCCGGUUGUCUCACCGAAAACCCUGUCCCAAUUCAUGUGCCUCAUGACCUCAAUUUCACCGGCGACAUCAAUACGAUUCCCACCACCUCGGUCGGAGCUAUGUUUGUCGGCAAACACAUCUCGUAUGAGAUCAAGAAGUCAACGUCGAGGGAGCGCAACGAGGAGGUGUUCCUCUCCUCGUCCGCUGCUGUGGCGGAGGGGGUGAAGUGCGAGGGCCUCUUCGGCUGCGGAGAGUCGGAUAACUCGGACAUCGAGGCCUCGGCCAAGGAGGUGGCUAGCAGCGGCAUAACGGUAUUUUUAUGCUUACAAACGGAACCGCUGGAGAACCGGCCCAAGAAGCGGGGCCGGAAGCCGGCCAACAGCCGCAAGGAGCCGCUCGACCACGUGGAGGCAGAGCGGCAACGGCGCGAGAAGCUGAACCAACGGUUCUACUCCCUCCGCUCCGUCCUUCCCAACGUGUCCAAGAUGGACAAGGCCUCCCUUCUCGCCGACGCCGUCACCUACAUCAACGAGCUCCGCUCCAAGACGCAAGCUCUGGAGUCCAACAACCGAGGGCUGCAGCCGGAGCUCAGCACCCUCAGGACGGAGAGCGAGUCCGCGGGGAGCUCGGCGGCUCACCGCGACCCGAAGACGACCGAGAUGAACGGGAGCGGGCGGUGCGGCGGCAAGGUGGACGUGGAGGUGAAGAUAGUGGGCUCGGAGGCCAUAAUUCGAGUGCAGUGCGACAGGAGGAGCCACCCGCCGGCGAGUUUGAUGGUGGCGCUAAAAGAGCUUGAUCUCGAGCUUUAUUACGCCAACAUCUCGGUGGUGAAGGAGCUCAUGAUCCAGCAAGCGACGGCGAAGAUGACGACCCGGGUCUACUCUCGGCAACAGCUCACGGCCAAGCUGUUGGGCAGAAUGAUUGCAGUGUUGGACUGA